AACUUUUUAUUUUUCAACAAAAUAAAAUUCAUGUCUUUUAAUUGUAAAUGAUAAGGCAGAGUAUGUUAUAGCCUAGCAUGUUAUGAAAAUGUCGGAUAAGCUCAUCAGCGCAGAGGAAGUCGAGAAGCACACGAGUCGGGACAGUUGCUGGGUAAUAUUAUACGGAAACGUCUACGACGUAACUGAGUUCCUCCCCGAACAUCCGGGAGGCUCCAAAAUCAUCCUACAGCUCGCCGGCCGCGACGCAACGGAGGAAUACGAUCCUAUACAUCCCCCAGGGAUCCUAGAGGAAACCCUAAAGCCCGAAGCUAAGCUAGGCCGCAUCGAUCCCCAGACCAUAACUGCGGCCAGCGAGCCGGAAGCCAAAGAAGAGAUGGAGGAGGAAGGCCCGCCGCCAAUGGAGAGCUUGCUCAAUUUGAACGAGAUCGAGGAGGUCGCUACGAAACGCAUGCCCGAGAAGGCGUGGGCGUACUACUACUCAUCGAGCGACGACCAAAUCUCAAAAUCGUUUAACAACGCGGUGUACAAGGACAUCCUACUCCGACCCCGCGUAUUCGUCGACUGCACGAAAUGCGACACCUCAACCUCCUUACUAGGCCACAAAGUCGACAUACCGAUCUUCGUCGCACCAGCCGCUAUGGCGCGGCUCGGCCACCCCGACGGCGAAGCAGGCAUCGCGCGCGCGUGCGGCAAGUUCGGCGCCAUGCAGGUGAUCUCGAACAACGCGAGCAUGACGCCCGAGCAGAUCGUCGCGGACGCCAAGCCCGGGCAGAUAUUCGGGUGGCAGCUCUACGUGCAGAACGACCGCGCGAAAAGCGAGGCCAUGCUCGCGCGCAUCAAUAAAAUGGACGAUCGGUUCAAGUUCAUCUGUCUUACGCUCGACGCCGCGGUCCCCGGGAAGCGGGAGUUGGACGAGAAGCAGAAUUUCAAGAACGCGACGAGGGUCGCUUCCGGCGUGAAGACGGAUGAUGAGCCGAGUCGACCCGGGGGUGGGGGUGUUGGACAGCAGUUGUUUUUCGGCACGGCGUCGGAUCUUACGUGGAAAGUCACCCUGCCGUGGUUGGCGAAACAUACGCAUCUCCCGAUUGUGCUGAAGGGCCUGCAGACGCAUGAGGAUGCGUUCUUGGCGAGUCGGUAUGCGCCCCAGGUUAGGGCUGUUAUUCUGUCGAAUCAUGGUGGUAGGGCGCUGGAUACGGCGCCCCCGGCUGUGCAUACGUUGCUGGAGAUCAGGAAGUAUUGUCCUGAUGUUUUUGAGAAGAUUGAGGUUUGGGUUGAUGGCGGGAUUAAGAGGGGUACGGAUGUGGUGAAGGCGUUGGCCCUCGGCGCGAAGGCGGUGGGGGUGGGACGGGCGGCGCUUUUUGGGCUUGGGGCUGGUGGGCAGGAGGGUGUGGAGAGGACUUUGGAGAUCCUGAAGGCCGAGACGGAGACGUGUAUGAGGUUGCUAGGCGUCCAGAACGUGAGCGAGUUGGGUCCGAGACAUAUCAAUUCAAGCAAGGUAGAAAGGGAUAUCUUCAACGGAGGAGCUGGUUUGGACACAUUUGGCCUGUGGGAUCAGGUCAAGUCUAAGCUAUGAGUUACGACAGCCGUACGAGUUACAGACAUGAUAGAUAGAGGUUUGGUAUGUACGAUCUAGCAUUGGAUAUAACUAGAACAGCGAAAUGAUGAUCUAAAUUGGCUAUUAUAUUUCAAUGUCGGCUUUUAGCUGUGGUACUCUUAUUGCACACGAGGCACUCGAUUGAAAUG